UGGUGCACUCAGCACUGUUGCUGUCAAUCUCAAGGUUUGCGAGGUCGUGUGUCGACAGCACUGUAGCUUGUGAGGAAGAUGGCCGCGGCUAUGGCGGCCCUAUUCACACUGUUGCUCGUCGUGUCGCCGGUUCUCAUCCAUGGAGGCGCUGGAGAUGACCUCAUGACGGCAAUUACGGCGGAUCAGAGGUUGCAUCGUUUCCAUCAGGCUUUAAUCACGACUGGGUUUUCGAAAGAGCUGAUUAGAGCGGUGAACGACAAGCCGGUCACCAUCUUCGCCCCCGUGGCUGACGCCGUCGACGCUGCCACCGCCGCGGGCUCGGUUUCGUGGGACUGCCUGACUUCGACAAAGGCCGGGAAAGCUGCUCUCAAGGAAAAUCUCAAGCAUCAGGUGGUGAACGGCUCGUUCUACACCGUGUGGAAGUUGACGAAGACGAACCAAGUCAUCCCGGCCGACGGAUUUCCGAUCGAAGUAACGUUCGACAAGGCGACCCAUUUGAUCUCCUUGGACGGUUACGUGCACGUCGUAGAGCCUGAGGCGAUCAUCAUGGAGAAUGCAAUCGUGCAUCUCACGGAUGGGGUCAUCGUGACGGACAGCAAUUACGCCCAGAUGGUAGACGCCUGCGGCCAGGCGCAGCCCUCCGCUUCGCCUUCUCUUGGCUUCGCUAGCGGAUUGACGUCCCACGAACUUCGGCGCAUAGAGGUUUUCGUACGUAUUGGGCUUGCAUAUUGGGUUCCAGAACCGCAUGAUGUGACGGGYAGGGYGACACAUGUCCCAGAAAGUGAUUCUGGGACACCCUUGCGUGGCUUCUGUACACCGAUUCAGCCCAUUGGUGGUUUCUCUUUCGGGGUUUCGGGUGAAGAUGAGCACAGUUUGCGCAGUUUGCGGGAGCGUCUAAGGAGGCGUGCCAUUGCAAUGGCGGAAGGGCACUCAUCUACUCCACAUUGUGCACAACAUUUGUCUUUCCACUCUGAUGUAGCUCCACGUGACAACUGUCGUGCUGGGUCUUCUGGUUUGUCACCCAUCACUUCCGCCGACCACAUUACCAGUGCUUCUCCUACGCAGAGGGGGGGGGCUGCCACCACGCCACCGGUGUCAGACGUGGCCGGAGGAGCAGGUGGGUCCUCUUCAUCUCCGGCAGGACAUGGCAGCCCAUAUAGCCCAAGCGUGGCAUCUCAGCAUCAGGUUCCAUCGGAGUACUUGAUAAAUCGGCUAAUUCGAGACAUUGAGGAUGGCAUUUCCCCCGCUCAUAAUGCUGCAGACAUUGCAGCUGCGGACAAUGUCGGUGGCAAUGCAGCUGCCCCUUCACAAACACCUCCUCGCCAAUCCGGUGAUCCGACGCCUGUGAAUUGCACACCCACCCGGGCCAGUGCCCGCGGUGAAUCUAGCGAGAGCCCUUCGGGUGUAGACCGUGAGGCAGGAACUUCUCCUGCUGCACGUCCCCAGGGACAGCAAGGUCGGGCAUGUCCCUCUGAAAAGAACAAGGACCGUUGGGGGGAGGACGAGACUGCAUGGUUGUGCCGGUUCCACAAUGAGGUCAAGUUGCUGAUGAUUGAGGAUACAGAGGCAUACGGACGGGCAGGGGUGAAGGGGAACUUCUGGAAGUUCAUGGAGCUGCGUAUGAAGGAGAAGGGUUACAAUCGCGAUCACGAGCAGUGCAAGAACAAGUUCAACCAAGUGAUAGAGUACUACCGGAAACUCAAGUGUCAUGAGUGAUGGUCCGGACUUUCGAGCUA